AUGUCCAUUCUACUCCCGUUUCGAGAUGAACGGCUGCCCCCGGUACCUGCAGCAGCUUCCACAUACCAUCACGACCCCUUGCUCUAUAUUGAACGACAGUCAAAGCACAUCCAACGUUCCCUCCAGACUCUAAUUGACGCACAAAGUGAGGGAUUACUUUCUGGACUUUCUCAGUCCCAACCAGACGAUACCUCUGAGGCAAGCUUCACACCAACCUCCUCCAAAACUGGUCGGUCGCGGUCCCCCUCUACAACUCCCGCAAGACAGCCCCGACCCAAGAAGAUUGGACUAAGAGCUGCACGAGAAGGCAUCUUCCAGUCGAUCUAUGAUCUACUGAAGCUACGCGAAGAAGAGCGAGAAAUCCUCUUGUCCCAAUUAGAUGAGAGAGAAAAUGCCCUUCACAAGAUCCAAGGUUUUACAUCGAGGCGAAACGGUCUGGAAGAAGCUAUAUCUAUGAUACACAAUGACCGACGGAGUCAGCGCGUUAAGCAGCUUCAAGAGGAGGCUACGGGCCUCGAGACUGACAUACAUGAACUGGAGACCAAGCUGUUAGAAAUGAAGGCCACGCACAGGCAUCUCGUCUGCGAAAUCGCGGAAAUCGAGAACUCGGUUGACGCUAAAUUAUCCUCCUACACUGAAUCCUUGUCCCUCGUGCAGUCAGACAUCCGAAAUUACCUCCGUGAUCCCCAGGUUCAGCCCCUCUCGCGACAAUCUAGCGAAUCCACAUUAUACUCAUUGAAUCCCAAACGCCGGACGCUUGAGAUGGCCCAAGAGCUUUGGAAACAAGAACAGGAGGUUUUGCAUACGAGACAACAAGAGGUAGAUGCCGAGAUCUUGGCGCUGGAAGAAGGAGGUGGAGUAUGGAAGCAAGCCAUGGCGGACGUGUCUGGCUUUGAGAAACGACUAAGAGGAUAUAUGCGCCGUUAUAUGCAGUUGGAUAUGCAGGCAACAAACGGUGCACAAAUUGGGGAUAGCAAGGACGAAGUGGCAGCCAGCGUCUCGGCUGAUCUGGAGCAAACCACACAGCGGCUGGAGUCCCACUUAGAACAUGCUGAAGAGAAGGAUUGGAGACUUCUUGUCUGUUGCAUUGCAGCAGAGCUGGAAGCUCUUCGAGAAGCAAAGACCAUGCUACUUCCCGCCUUUGGCUUGCCUGCGCCCGAGGCUGAGGCGCCGGUCGCCUCUGCCUCGUCUUCUCAACAAGCUCACGCCGAUGAAGCCCCGAGCGAGCAUGCAGAGGCUCAUGUGGAUCUGUUAGAUAACGACGAUGCUGAUCCACCAGCUGAUUUAUUAAAGGAUGGGGAUGAACAGCAUACAGACACAGCAUCCAGGUCAGAAGAUGACGAGCCCGAUCCAGCAUGGCUCCUUGAAUCAUGA